AUGUUCGUGACUGUCUUUACAAAAGGCGAGAAGGAGGUUGUGGAGGGUGCGAUUGGUUCGUUCGACUAGACCAUUGCCAACGGGGUGGUAGGGUGUUGUGCUAGUUUUGUUGACUUCCAGGGUGCAGCAAACUUCCUGGAAGGGUCACGAGUCAAAAAUUCCACCACAGUCAGUGAGGAAGGCUUGGGGCGCCCCAACGGCAAACCCAAGUCCUUUUGACGGCGUUGGUGACGGAGGUGGCGUCUUGGCGGACGCGGGGCACAGCUUCGACCCGUUUUGUGCAGUAGUCAAUCAUCACUAGCAUGUAUUCAUACCCGCGUAUGGAUAUCAGGAGGUGGCUGAUAAUGUCCAGCCCAUGCAUUCUCCUGGGAAAUACGUGGUCAUGGGUUGCAUGAGAGCUCGGGUGCUGGUACAGGUGAUAUAAAGGACGCGCAUGUAUCGCAGGACUGGCAAAAGUGGUGGGUGAGGGCUCGAAGCUGUAGCCACCAGAACCUUGCACGUGCGGCCAAUUCAGUGCGAGUCUGCCCGCAAUGACCCAACUCGGCUUUAAAUUCGGCCAGUGCGGAUUCAAUGAGGCACCCGUGUACCACGGGGUGGAGACGCUUGGGCGCGUAAUCCCGUGGAAGCAAAAUGUCAUUGUUUACCAGGAGGUGCGGCCACUGGUAUAGAAUGAUGCUGCGUUCUGGCUGGAUCCUCUCAUUUCGGCUUCCAGGAAUUUAUUGAGAUUGUUUGUAAAGGGGUGGUAAAUGUUGGCGAUAUCGCAGUCAGUACGGUGGGCGGCUGCCCAGGUGUGGCGGGUGGUUUCUGACAUCGUAAUGGUCUUAACCCACGCUGUGUGAGUUUCAGUUUCGGUGAGCGGGGAAUCGGGUAGUAGGGAAAGGCCGCCUACGUUGCCAUGCUAAUGACCAGGCCGGAAUCGACAUUCGGAAUCAAAAUCCUGAAUAAAUUCUUGCCAACGAGCGAGCUGAUCCAUGGGGUCCUUAAUAGACUGAAACCAUCGCAACGGCGCCCAAUAAGGAGGUGUUUGGACUGCCGUAUGUAUGUGAUUAUGGCUAACAGCUCUCUGUGGAGUGCGUGGUAGUUCCACUGAGCCUUCGUCAACGUGUCACUAGCAAAACAGACGGGAUGUUCGACACCCUGGGAGUCUGUUUGUGACAAUACUGCCCCAAUGACAAAGCCACUGACGUCUGUGUCCAGGAUGAAAGGAGGGGCGUCAUGAUUGAGGUCUGGGAGAGCUAAGAGUGGGGCGGGGACGAAGGCGGCGAGUAGGUUAGUGAAGGACUCUUCGUGCUCUGAUGACCAUUUGAAUUCCUUACCUUUCUCCGUCAGUUUGUGCAGUGGGCCGGCAAUGUGGGCUAAAUUACGGAUAAACCGUCGGUAGUAAGAAGAAAGCCCUAGGAAACUACGCAACUGCGUCUGGUUGACGUGUGUCUGCCAGGUGUGAAUCUGUUACAGUCGGUCCGGUAGAGCGGCUUUGCAGCCUGGAGAGAUCUUUUGACCCAGGAACUAUAAUUCUGGCCGUAGGAAUGUGCAUUUCGCCGGCUCCAACGUCAGGCCGGCAUCGCGGGUUGUUUCCAAAAACCUCUCUUAAAUUGCGGUUGUGUUGCUCCACAUCGGGGUCGAAUACGCUGAGGUCGUUCAGAUAUACGAGGCAAUUUUGCGAGAUAAGCUGUCGUAACACCUGGUACAUCAUUCGUUGAAAAUUGGCGACGGCGUUACAUAGUCCGAAAGGAAGCGUCUUUAACUCGAACAGCCCUCGCGGUACGACAAGCGCGGUCUUCUGACGGUCUUUGAGGUCUAACUCAACCUGCCAAUAGCCUGACUUAAGGCCUAUGGUCGAGAACCAUGCUGCGCCGCCAAGGCUAUCUAGGAUGUCGUCUAACCGCGGCAGUGAGAAUGAAUAGCUGACAGUGACGGCGUUCAGGCGGCGAUAGUCUUUACAGAGACGGAGGGAGCUAUCGGUGAUGCUCAUGGAGAGGAAGGCGACUGUAUAAUUUUGGCUUUUAGCAGUUCAUCUAUGCUUUUGUCUACCUCUUCGCGGAACCGUACUGCUAUUCGGCAUGAGGACUGCCAAAUGGGCUUGACGUCGCCCGUGUUAACGGCGUGCUGAACUUUGCGGGUGCGCUCGAUUAUAUCGGUUGAACUGAUUAACAAUCCCGGAAAUGACAGUAGGAAUCAACGUAGUCUAUCGGGAAGUUUUGGUGUAGGUCUGCAUCUAUGCCGGACGGCUCGAGGUUUGCAGCUGCAACCUCGGUGUUUUAUAUCAGAUCGAGGUUCUCUGAUAGCGUAUGGGUGGGAGGUUCUGGGCGUGUCGAAACUAAAAGGCGGCGAAUGAGCCAGCUUCCUCUGCAGUUUAAAGGUAUGAUCCACGCAGGCGGUCAGUCCCGGCCAUUUCGAAGAAUUCAUCAAAGUCUUGGGCACACUCACGGCCUCUGACAAUCCUGUAUGUUUGAGUGAGAUCGUCGCGCAGUUGCCUCUAAUUUAGAGGAAACAGAUUUAGUUCGGUCAGCCUGGUUUCGUAAGGCAGAUGAUGAAUAUUCUUGUCCAUCUUCGUAGCCAUCGCCUGUACUCUUUCCAGUCGUUGAUAAUCUUUCGUCAACCACGGUCGCCAGACCUGGACUGCAUACUCUAAGUGGGGCCGAACGAAUGCCCCAUAGGUUUUUCCAAACAGCUCUUUAUCGAUCUGCACAAAUCCUCGCCUCAGCGCAAAUAACAUCCAUAUCGCACUUUUGGCUGCCCUUUGACACUGUGAUGAUGGUUUCAGCGACGAGGUCAUUAGGACGCCCAGGUCUUUCUGUUCCGCAACAUUUGAAAGGGGCUGACCACCAAUGACGUAUUGAAAGGAAUCGUCCUCCUUACUGUUCUCUUUGGUGCGGAGCCUCAACACAACACAUUUGUCCACAUUAAAAUUAAGGAGCCAACGAGCUGACCAACUGUUCAGGCGGUUGAGGCUGUCUUGAAGCGCGUAGCUGUCUUCGUCUGAUCUGAUGGGUCUCCACAGCUUAACAUCGACAGCAAACAAUAUGGCGCUGCAUCCCAGGUCUUUGACGCAGGCGUAAAUGUAAACCAGGAAUAGCAACGGCCCUAUGACGGAGCCCUGGAGUACACCACUUAGGACGGGGGUUGAAGUUGACUUUGAGGCCUCAAUGGACACGUCUUGUGAUCUCCCGGUAAGAAGCUCUGUUAUCCAUGUCAGCAGCCUUCGUCUGAUCCCAAUUUCAGAAAGUUUGUAGAUGAGGCGUUUGUAUGGGACGCUGUCGAACGCUUUCUUAAAGUCUGUGUAGAUGACAUCGACCCUACCAUUCUCGUCCAGUGCGCGAGUCCAUUGUUCCGUCGAGAGCAAUAAACUGGAAAGGCACUAGCGGUUCUGUCCGAAGCCGUGCUGCAGGUCGGACAGUGAAUAGCCCUGCUCAAGAAACAUCAUUGUUGCCUUCGAGGUGUUGUUCCCAGCGCGUGUGUGCGACUUUCGUUGUCUCCGCGUCCGCCAGCCAAUCAGAGUGGGGACAGCGUUGACUGGCUUCGAGCACUCGCGAGGCUAGGGAUAAGCCUAACGCGUCCCAGCAGCGUAUCGACAAGGAGUGUGAGGCGGACAGGAAGGCAGCGUGACAAAGGCGGGGGGCAAGGAGACGCAAACUGCCACAGGUAUUGUAAAAGGGGUGGGUGGGACGAUAAAGCCAGAUAAGUAGUGACAACGGGAGCACUGAAAGUUCCUCAACUAUCAUUCAGUCUAUUCACCGCUGUACAACUCCUCUGGCAGUAAGGCAAUUACAGCAAUUGCAUACCCCAGAAGAGCAACAGUCCGCUUGCCUAUGGUAUCUGGAAUGUGGGUAGCACAACAGGCUGCCCUUUCCAUGUCUAGGUUGUAAGCCGCCCUCAACGCUACUUAGAGAGGCUUAUGGUUGUCUUGAAAUUUGAUUCCCUUGGACUGCCUUCGUCGGCUUCAAAGGCUGGUACAACGUAUGAAUAGAAACUUCAGUUUCGCUCGCUUGGGAUAUCUGCUCUUCUCAGACAGUGAUUUAUUUUGUCCGUUCGGACGCCUGAUUAGUAACACAGCCACCUAUUCUAUCUCGCGCUCACUUUUCUUUUUAAUACCUACCUAAUAAUGCCGUGUUUAUCCUCUGUAUUCAUGCUUUUUAGAAAUAUAUAAUGCUAUGGUUGACGUCCCCUCUGCUGACACAAGCGGCGACGCAUGGCUUACUCAGGACAAGGCAACUAGUUCCUUCAUAAUCUCAAGAGGAAGGUAGGUUCGGAACUUUGAAAAUAAUCUUGACUUUGAUUUGCUCUUCCGUCAUUUUCUACCAGGGUCAGUUUCCUUCUCGAAUACCAACAUUAAUUGGUGUGGCUUAUAUAUGUGAUGCCAAAGUGUACAACCAUACACUAGGAUUCACUAAGGAAAUAACGUUUCCCACGUAUAUAGAUGAGUUAUUUGGUCUGCGAGUGAGAAGGAAUUGUUUGCAAUUAAACCUUGGAUUUCACCCUUCAAAGUAUGUUUUAAUACACCGAUAACAAGAGCGGUUGUAGACGCCGAUUUCUCAAUUUGUCUUGCGUAGCCUGGCUGCUCGUCUCGGUGUGGUGGUGGGUUGUACGCGAACUUCUGAACGUUUAGUUAGUUCCGUUCUGUAAUCGUUCUCCACCAAAACCUGGUGACGUAUCUAGGCCAUACCAUCCAAUUUAACAUUCGAAAAUGUUGCAAAUAUGGCUUUUUCUAUAAGAAACCAUAUUUAGGACAUUUUCGAACUAUCUUAACAGAUGUAUGACGUCAUGCGUAUGCACGUGUACUGCUGGCUGGUCAUUAAUAUUAUGGUUUAUUGGUGGGUGGUGUACAUGAAAAUAACUGUGGUUGCAAACAAGAAUGCGAAAACAAUUAGUAAUGCGAAGGACGACGCGACUAGCAAAUUACAGUUUUAAGCCCCAAUACCGUUAUCCUUUUACGCCCCUUCCCCUUUCUAAGAUCAAAAGCAGUUCAAACGUGUUCUCUUUAUUGAUAGAUUAUUCUUUGGUAUGUGGAACACUGUUCUGCUCAUUUUAACUGACAACCAAGGACGUUACUGGUCACCUCAAAAGCCAUUUUCACCGCACUAAUGAAAUUGGUUGUCUUGUAAUCUCUCCCAGCGACAACCUUCAUUAAGACGUUUGAAGGGAUCGUGUCCUUAACAGGAUGUCCGAUUUUUCUGCAACUUUGACGACGCGUGUGCCGCCAAUUCAGUGUGAGAAAUAAACCUGCAGGAAUGUCGGCAAGAAACCGCAUGUUUACCGUUUGCUGGCGAACUUUUGCUUUUUGAAGAGAACCGUUGACAAUUAGGAGAGACCAGCUGGACGGGGGGGAUUGCAUAAACCAGAUCCCUGUGUGACAUAAUGCGAUUUUCAAAUUAUCUUUUUACUGUGUUUGUGCAAGUGUACACUUUUUGUAUUAGCACAUCGCGCUUGUUGUGGACGGAGACACCGUCAUCCACACCAGAACUUUAACUAGAAUUUUAUGCCCAAUUUGCUAAAACCCCACAAACUUCACGUCGUCUGUCAGGUGGCGUUUUCAAAAUCUCGCUGCACUUGCGUAACUUAUAUAGUUUGAGCUCAAAGGGCGCCUUGCGGUUUGAAAAGGCGUCGGAAACGUCUACGAAAACAGAAUAGCUGGUAUGGUACCGCCCGCCCUCACUAGGUACCACACCAUUAAUGCACAUCAGUUGUCUGCUUACCCGAACGUGUCGGUCAUCCACUGCAGUUCUAAUAAACAAUAAAUUAUUACUGUUGGUCGUAUAAGUAGACCGGCGUGAAAUCACAAACUAAGUGUCCGUCAUAACGGUUAUGCGAAGUGAAGCCAUUUCCCGGUUUUCUCUCCUAGCCUUCCCUAGACAGUUUUCCAUUAACACGACCAACUGCUUAUUAUAGCGGUCUACUUGGUUUUCGCAAAGGCUUUUUGGGCGACCCAGAUAACUUUAGAAGGGGAAUGAAGUGUCUACUAGCCCGUGCCCAGAAAUUUAGAGUAUGCUUAUAAUAAUAUGGGCAGCAUACCAUUUGGCUUGCAGUGCCCAAACGUAAAAAUGAGUCACGGGAAUUCCUGGACAGACAACAACAGUACAUCAACUUCUCGGCAUACUUCGUGUUUCAUGACAAGUCUUAAAGAAACAAACAAUUGCAAAUGUUUUUAUACAGACGCUUAGGGAGUAUAUCGUGCAUAUCUGUGGAACUAACAGUGGUUAGGCACUUCCUGCGACCUCUCACAUAUCUUGCGUGUUUUGCCAUUAUUACCUCGACGGACCGUAGUAAAGCCGCGCAACAGACACUGCUUACAAUCGGUCUAGUAAUUAUACCUAAGAUGGGCCAAGGUUCCCCUUUUGUCUUAGGACCAGCCAGUAUGCCAGUUAUACCCAGUGCGUUACCAGCGCACAUGUACGUUCGAAAGUACUCGUAUUAAAUGAGAUAGUAUUACUUGCCUGACGUCGAAGGCCUGCUGCUCUCGACACUAGAACUACGCGUCACGUGGUCAUUCCCUCUAAGUGUUAUUGGGUCUAAGGGCAAGGGUCUGCUGCACGUGGAUGGACACACCACGACCGCACCUUAUCACACUUGGCCAGCUUUUUAUCCACAACUGCCACAUUUGCUGUGUUUGCACUGUACGUGCCGGAGCCUUGCAUGUUGACUUCACUGAAACUAAUGCGGAGUUGCGAACUUCUCAUCAUUGCCCAGUAUACACUCGGAUCUUGGUUUUGACGUCAGCACUGACAAAGCUGACCACGACACUGAGAAGCCAUCUUUCCUGGCACUUUACAAGAUUCCUCAAUGCUUUUUUUAAACUUCGCGUCAUGCGCGUCCUAAAAGACCUCUGUGAUACUUUAGAACAUUUAAGCUGUUAGACAAGCACGAGCACAAAAAGCAAGCUGGUAAACAGAUUAAGUCACCGCAAAGCCAAAUCACGCCAAACACUCGAACUACUGAAACUGACACUGUUGUCAAAACCGCUUUUUAUGAGACUGCGCCCAUGGGCAAUUGUCCUUUUUUCGCGCGGCGCGGCAAUGCGUACAAAAGUCGAUAGCACUUGCUGUCAGGCCGCCGCGCAUGCCUUUUUUCCGCGCCGCCUUCGUGUACACAGACGUAGGCCAGUAUUUCAGCUCCAUAAUUCAACACUGAACCCUCACAGACAAAUGGCAGUCACGACAUUGACAGACAGUCCCAGGAGUCACUCCAUCACGUGAAUAUCUCAACCAAUCUGCGUGCAAGCCUUUUUCCGCCAAUGAAAGUACCCAGGGUAAGCCGGCAUAAUGGCGACUUUUGUUGUUAGGGAUACCAGUGGCUUCCCAUCACGGUUGGUCGUACCAUAGCAUUUGACGAAUGGCUGACGCACGUAUGGAAACUGACGGUGGCAUACAUCACUAGCCAGUCAACGCUAACAAUGAUGCUUCCAGGUCCCAUCCAUUACCGAGGGGCAGGGGCAGCCCGCCGCAUGUUUCUAAAUGACUUUGUUCUGAAGUACUUUUAUAUAGUUCUAGAAGCAGUCUCGCUAAAACCGCCAUUCAUUAACGCGAAUGGAUACGUUGGGUGACAGAACGGACACCACCGGAUACCAACACGUCGCACAUUGUUCUGGGUGGGAGCAGUCCCUUAUUUAGCUUUUCAUGGGCAUUUGGUGCUUUCCAGAUCUACAUAAUGCGGCCUUGUGUUUGCCUGAUAGUCGUCUGCACUACCAAGUGUCACAAACAGUUUUUUGUGUGUCGCAGUAGUGACGUCUGACAUCAUCGAGCAGUAAUUAGAACUUUCAAAGCACUUUUUCCGAGUCCGAAUUGUGGCAAUACAUAUGACAAGGUGCGGUUAUUCCACGUGAAGUGGAUCCUACCAAAAUUGGAUGACAGUCCAAAUUCGUGCAGAAUUUUACACUUGGACUGAAACUGUGCUCUAUUAUCGAGUGUGUAUGGGUGGUGGCAAACGACUCUCUCCACAAAGUGCCGCUUCUAAAGCUAUCCACCCCAACCAUUUACUUACACCAUGCGGAUCUUUCGUUCCCGCUGGUUUUGGUGCACUUUCGGGUUCACCCAAUGCAUGAGUCCAGUAACUAACGGCCACAUACCUUAAUGGAUUGUAUCAGACACCGACCGUGCGUUUAUUAAGGCUUACUCGUGUAUGUGACAUACUAUCGUCUCACAGUUGUGAGAUCCACUUAUUAAAUUGCCGGUAACUGGCUGAGCAGCGCUUCCCUGCCCUCUGAGGACUUAUUAUUAUGGUUAGUUUUAUCCCACUGCGGAGACUCGCGUUGCCUUAUGGACAUUAGUUUUUGCAGUCCCAGUUGCAUCUGAUGCUUUUGUUAGACCGAGAUUCCCCGGCUUCCUCUGUGGAAUUAGUUUCUACAUUAGCAAUAACCGCAGUAUCUUCUGGUGUUGGGUGUACAGCCACGCCUUUUCAGCCCAGGUAGAAACAGUCUCCCGCAACUUUUUUAACAUUUAGGACUGAACAUCUACGUUUGUGGCUUUAGGAUUGUGCCAGGCUGCUAGCGCAGGGUAUUACUACCAUAAUGACGAAUAUUUCGGUCUCGUCCCUUUCCCCGUGAAGACUUUUAUUUUGACCAACUGUUGACGAAGGCUAAAGGUCUACUGUGAAGACUUUCUUACUUUCGCACUACCACCACAAGCGAACUUCUUUGUGGUUGGCGAGGAUUUUGGCAAACUAAAUGCUCUUAUGCGCGCGAUGUCCCUCAUAGUCCGUAAUUUCGAAUAACCGCGAACGCUAGUUUAAGGGGACGACGGAACUUGGGGAACUCGCACAGUUAGGAAGCGUUUUAUGUAAGGCCAGGACGUAUCACUACCCUCGAGUCUGUUUGUGAGCCAUUGCAGCCACGCUCACCAACUUUGCACGUUACUUCCUAUUCACCACUUUGUAGCCCGCGUAACGGAUCAGUUUGUAGUCAGGAAGGGUGUUGUGCUGGAGUUACCGCGCAGGUGCGAAAAAUCGACAGCCUAGAAGAAGGAGUUUUUUGGCUGCGGGCUCCUUUUUGAGAAAAGGUUCGCAUUAUUAAUCUUUAGGAUCAACCAGGCGAACUUACCCUCUGUACUAAUUCACUCUGCCACUUUCUGGAUUUGAGUACAUUGAGUGAUAAUGCCUGCUUUCUUUUUUCCUUACAGCUCCGUUGUGCAAGUCGAUGGACUACAGUACACUCGCACCUGACCCUCUACCAGUCGGCCCUCAGAUCCUUUUGUGUCACCUGCGCCUUCUUGGGUUUGACUUUGCACGUUUUCAACUGCCCAAUGAUUCCGCGGAACUAGGGUACCCAAACCAUACUUUUCUGCUCACGUAAUUAUGCAGGCGUCUACUGCGACAUCCUCCAAAAAUUGCGAUCGUCCGCUUAGUCUCCUUUCUGCUCGGGCGACUGGAUCAGAAACGCUUUUCUCGCUUCCUUGAGUAAUGGACUAAUUGUCUAUUUUCAAAAUUUUCAAGGCCUCUUCUAUUACAGUAUAGUCACAGAGUCGACGUACUAGUCAAAAAUAUACUAUUCAAAUGGCUAAAAGAACUACCGGGAGUGAGCGCUCGCGCCUUUGGUCUGUUUACCAGUGACUUGUAGAAUCUGAAGCUAACGCGACAUUUCUCUCGCUUUUGGAGCGCUCCAGAUGAAAAACUUAUCUACCAAUUUCUUUUUUCGUUGUCGUCGUAUGUGCUGCAAGUAAUUUACAACGUAAGUUACUAAAAUUACCUCUCAUCCGCUUCACAUAAGCUUGAGGAGCUGCCGAAAGUUACUGACCUGGACACUGACAACUUUCUUGCACUCACUGAGAAGCACGUAUCUUCGUUCCUAAGAUCAUUUGAAGACAUCCAUGCAGAGCAGAAGAAAACAGAAGUCAUGCUAGGGUGGGUGGGUUUUUUAGCUCACAUAGUUGCUUUUACCCACAACAGUUCCCCGCCGACCAGAUGGAUCGGUGUUGUUUUUUAUAUGUUUCAGGAUUACUUUUAACUAUUGCGGCCUGCUAACGCCACCCAGAAUGUUCUUCCGCUAGCAAGUCAUGUAGCUUAGACCAUCUCCUAUCUCUCUCACUAUUUUUUUCAUUUUUUUCCAGCUACUUGCUGUCACAGUCGGAAUCUCUACAAGCAGAACUCGCCCAUGAGGCCCCCUGUCGUAAGGAAUGCCUGCAGUAUUUGUCUCCGCAGAACGUGGGAUCAGGGUGGGUGGUUCGUCUGUCUUAUUUUACGCACUCUUUUCGGACGUUGUUGUCUCUUUUUAAAUUGUGUUUCGGGCCCUUUGUUAUGGCUCUCUGUUGUCUUGUACUACUAGGAGACUAAAAACAUGCAGUGCUGUUUCCUCAAGCCUAAACUGGAACCAAAUACUCGUUCCGAAUGCGACGCUUACUGGCUGUUUUCGUCCAUCAGUUGGGCCGAUUUCAUAUCCUCGGUCGACCUGACACGGUCAUGCCACUGGUAAAAGAUUGGAGGUAAGAAAACAAGGCUGAGUUUGCGCGACCCUUUUUCGCGGUAGUAAAUCUACAGCAUCUCUGAGGUAUCGCGACGUACUACAUUCUGUGACGUGGAAGGUUACCAAUUGACGGGACAACCGUAUCCUUCGAAAAAAGAGUCAGGUUGCAAUGACUGGAGCUUCUACUCUCACCUCCAAGAGUUACUUGAGGAACUUCCUCGCUGUGAUCUGCUGAUUUUUGCCAGGAACUAGAAUGACCGGACUGGUAAAGACAACUCCUAUUUGGCAUUUUGGGCUUGUCCCUCGAUGCGACGAUGGAGAUGGAAUGCUGAACUUUGCCGGCCAGAACCGGCUACUUAUCAGCGCAUGCCUCUGUCACCGCCACAAACAUCUUCCAACCUGAUAUUUAAACGAUGGCCGUUUGCCCAGUCAGAUUGACCACAUUCUAGUCAGCUCAGUGUUUCGUAGCUGGGUUCAUGAUAUCAGAUCAGUGCGUGACGUCGGAACAGGCAACGCUCCUGAGUCAGGCCGGGUUUUCGCUCUCGCACACCUGACGAAUCAAUCCAUAAUCGCCGCUAAUGGUAUCUUGUGCAGGCAACCCAACACAACCGAAGUCCUAGGUUCAGCGUAAGCCUCAUCGAGUUUCUGCAAAAAUCCUCGCUGUUGUCAUUCUCAGGGAUGCUUUUGUGCCUCUCUUUUGGGCACUGAGAUGGCCGGAUGGUUUGCUUUAUACAUCGGCCGAUUCGAGGGGGGAAAGGUGAUGUGAAAAUAAUUUGGAAACUAGCAGCGAACUCUGAAUGAACUUUUCGUACUUCCCCACACUAGGAUGGAUGACGUCGCUCUCAUGAACGCUCUGUCAGUCUACCAGGAAGGCGAAUGGAAAAGGUUGCUAGCACUGCGGCGGUCCGUGGAAGCCCCCUUAGCGGAGUGGUCGAGGAUGAGCCAGGUUUAUUUGGAGUUUGCCAGGGCUUGUGAUCAAGACCCCGAUGGCAGGGAUAAAUGCCUGAAAUCAACUCAAUUUGAAGUCCAGUCGGUGCCUCCCCCUUUACUGGACUACUUGAUCGACCAAAGUGUGGUGAGCACCUUUCCUUCAACGAAUCUUCUACCCUUUCUCAUCUUUUUGGUCGACUUUAUUGCUACAUACUUAUGGCAUUACGUCCCUCAUGCUCCCAUUCCCUACCCAUGUUCUAUUCACUUCGUCCCCCUCCCCGAGAUUAGCUAACUGAACAUUCCUCGUACGCAUUUUCGGGGUUUUCUAACAAUAAAAGAAGCCCUGGUCGUCGAUAUCGACGUUCUAUUGUUGUUUAAGUCUCGCACGACAGUGACCAGAACAAUCGCAACUCGAAUAAAAUUCUGCAGUUUUGGCUGUUGUUUUAGCGCCAAUAAAUCCGUAGAUUAUGCUGCCAGGUCUCCACGUCCUAAUUACUGCCCAUAAUCUAAAAAACAAACAUUUGCAGUCUAGUACAAGCUGGGUCCCACGGUCCUGCACUCAGCCUUCGGGUAGAUGCCCAAUCUACAGGACUGCGGUAGCAUAAAUAACUUAUCUGUGCUGACUCAUACUCGCCAUUUUACUGUGCCGUUAUCGGACUCGGGAACUGACCGGUUUGCCGAACUGGAAGCCCUCACUUCUGGUGCUCUUUAGGGACGGCUUACUUGUCAGACACAAACCCCUUUACUAAGCGGUUACCUUGCAGCGAGGACUGUACGCUGUCAGUGAACGCGCUGGGUAGUCGACGUCUAGACCGAAAGGCAGGCUGCUUCGAAGUAAGCUCCACGCCCACCCACGGCGUCGUGGCGCCCGGCUGGAGGUGCCAGUUGGAUGGGGGGAAAGCCGACUUCGAGCACACUUCUGGCUCCGCGGUCUGCGAAUCUAAUGAACCAACUGACUCCGCGUCGCUCUGCUGUAUGCCACCGACCGACCGUAGUGGGGCGCUUGGUCAUUCGUGAUGUAACAAGUAUGCAAAAUGGAACUGAAUAGGUAGGGAUGAAUGUCAUCAAGUGGACAACUUGCCAAUUCUUGUCCUCCAAUUUCUCCUAAGAUCUGGAGUCAGUCAUUUCCAUUAUAUAUGUGCGUACCGUUUUUAGAUUUAAUGACCUGGUUACUUUUGUCAGUGCUCUAUCUUUUAUUUCAAGGCCAACUCCCUACGUCAGAAAGGAGCCCUGAAUCUACCAAAGUAAGUCUGUGUGUGUGACUCGAACCAUUCCCCUGUUUCUAUGCAGACAAUAUGAUCUUAUCGGGACGUUGCGCAAAUUUCACUUAUUGGAGCACUCGUUAAGGCAGACUAUAAUAAGUAACAGAUCCACGCCUCCAAAAACGCUUUCUGGACCUGUCAUUAGGGUUAACGAUAUCAAACCACGCCCUGGAGUGCACGACGUGCAACCUACAGUUUCCUCCCCACCCUCUUGGCCUUUCCAUAUACCAUCAGAAUGUGCGUUUCUUGGUUUAAAAAGGAACCCAACAUGCAACCCCUUUUCUUACUUGUUUCCUACAAAAUGUCGGUAGAUAUCUUUGAGCGAACAAACUGGUUCUAAAGGACGCCGUUGCGCCCCAACGUCUGCCUUUCAUAGGCUUUCGUUCGCACACACAGCAGUAUGAGGACGAGUAUUUUCAUACCAUGACAGAAAAUCUCAAGAAACCAAUGCCGUUCGUCUGUGAAUUAGUCUCUACUCAGUUCAUUGGCAUGUAGCUGCAACGUGAGCUGUUUACUGCUGGCCAUAUGAGCACUGGCUUCAGUUUUCUCCUGGUAGGUGGUUUCAGAUGUUUUCAUUUCAAAGUAACCCUUCAUCUCCGACUGUAUUGAUGAAUCCAUGUUUUGGCCCGAUUUAUGAACGAAGCGUUGUCUCUGUACUUUGUCGACUAUCUGAUAGAUUUCAAACCCUAGUAGGCCUUCAGGCCACAACAGCAAACACGCCAUGUUCUUCGUUGGUACAUAUGACGAGGGAUUAUGCUGGGGAAUAGUUAAAACAACCGAUGUCUGAAAAAAAGACUCACUGGCAAAUGUGUGCCGGCGAGGGGGGGGGAGGUGGAGGGGGUUCAACCAACCACUAUCCGCGCUGUUGACAGGUAGACAAGUAGGCUUUAUUUUCCUUAUGGUUAGGUCUCGUGUUUCAGAGACGACAUAAUGUGCAUUCCCCUCCGUCCAACCUAUUAGUGAUAUUAGACGUCGACGAUACGCGUCGUUUGACAAGAACUACAGUUUUCUCAGUAUAGAAGAAGGAACUGGUUAGUCAGAUAUUCACAUUCAGAAAAGGAAUAAAAAGGAAAUCGUAAUAGGUGUGACAGGGCCGUUCCAAAUGCCUGCCAUUCUUCCUAGUAUCGUAGCCUUCGAUUUCUACUCAAGGACGGCCAAUCCCACUGAAAUUCAUUAAACUUCAGAGAAGACAACCUGAUCAGAUAUAUUUUUAUCCCCUCCCGUCCAUUUCCUUAACAGCUUCCUGCGUGCAGUUGAGGCCUUGUUUCGACGCCUCCAGGUGCAGCUCUGCAGAGGCACAACAGAGUCCAGUUCGUCUACUUCCUCCCUGACAGAGGCGACCAGCGUUCUCUCCUCCGACAUACUCUGGUGUUUGAACGUCUUGCGACGGGCCAGCCAAGACCUUUCUGCCCCGUCGACCAGCAAGAGCGUUGCUUCUGUCGACAGCGUCUUCCCUUGUUCUCAGGCCAGCGCAAACUUAUCUGGGGAACUUUGCGACUCCUUUGCCACCACAGCUGCUGACGUCUCGACCACUCUCACUAGUUUGACACAGAAACUUCGUUGCAUGAUUGCGCAGGAGGAGGCGGAUUGGUUAGUUGCUAAUUCCCGCCCUGUUGCUUGCUGUUCAAUUGCCUACCUUAUUGCGCUUAUCGUAAUCAACGUCGUAAUUUGUUAUGCCGUUGUGUAGGCCGCUGAAGGGACCCUCAAGCGCGUCCUGCAUGUGAUCAUAGACAUCAUCUUUGUAUUUACCGUCUGACACUAGUGUGGGCGAAGAAACCAGCACUGUCGUGAGUUGAGAGAUCUGCAUUCGUGGCACGAAUCAACGAUGAGCGAAUGUCUGGUUUUCAGGUCUCUCGACCUUAUCUAGCCAUGGUGGUUGUGGAGGAGAGUAAGGUUGAUGCAACAAAAGUGCCCUUCUGUAAUCGAAGUUAUGCAUAGCUCGACAUUGCUCCCCCGACCUACUAGAGGUCAUCGUCGUUUACGAUGGACGUGUUAGGUUUAUUAUAGUGAGGAAUUUGUUGGUUUGCCCUGAGGAGGGAUUUUCCACCAUCGAUCUCGCUCCCUCUUCCCACCCCCAUACUGGUCUGCUUGGAAUUGACUGUUAGUAAGGUUGGGUGCAGUGCUAGGCAAGACUGCGCAUCGCAUCUACACGUGCUACACGCCGCCUUGCCCCUGUUGCAUGGAUGCCAGGUCACACCGAAGGGUGCACUUCUUGCGUGAGUGGGAUGUGCACAUUUUCACAUGCGAUUUUUCAUUCGCCUUCCCCGAUCUUGACACAUUUCUUUGUAUGCCUUUUCAUAUGAGUAUUGUGUGGGAGGGUGGGAAGAUUGGCUUCGGAGAUAAUACUGGUAGCUGUGGUAUUCUGUAAGAUGGGAGGCAGGCUGGUCUAUGCGUUUGGUGGGGAACCGUAAUGUAUCGCAUAUAGGUAAUCGUCACAAUAAUGGUCAUGCCUGAUCUAGCUGGCUUGUAUGUAUGACGUAUUACGCCUGCAUCUGUGGCGGUCUGCGACGGGAUAAAUUCGUUGGUAUAUUUUCCUACAACGGCUACCCACCCACAUCAGAAAACCGGGAAUGCCUCCUCUUCCCCUUCCCUAUGACCUGCACAUCCCAACUGCAAACAAAAUGAACUCGCCAUUCGCGACGUACAAAGACAUCGUCAUCCUGCCUGCUAAGGAGAUCGGUUUCACUGCGCUGUUCGACAAGUCUGAUUGGCAAAGGAAAUCAGGUAACUCAAGACCAAUAUCCCUCCAAUCGAUUGUGUUUCUACAGGACAUACCAACGUACGGAGUGGCAAAAUGGCCGUUUUGUCAAACCGACUUCGAAUCAAUCCCCGUCACUGCUACAAGACAUCUUCUUAACCUUUUUCCUAUAUAUAUAAGUCUGCAUCCAUGUCCUAUCAUUCGUCUCUUACUUCAUUCCCUCUCAACGUUUAGGUGUCCUUCGCCGUUGACUCUUGGCAGAGAAAGUGGUUUGUCUGCGGAGGACUCUGCCUCACUCUGCUAUUCGAACCCACGAAUGUCUGUGCGUCCCAAUCCCGAAGCUGUUGCCCUUCCACCGUCUCCUUCGACUUCUAGUCCAAACGGACUUUCUCCCAAUCAGCCUCUCAGUAGCAGUCCUCGUCUAGCACGCAGUGCCCUAGGAGAACUCCAACUAAACUUGUCAGGUGAGCUUUUUUCGGGCAUCCUUUGGUAUCUGUCCACACUUCCAUCGCCACACAAUCCCGGCUUGCACGCACAACUUAGUAAGGCUUGUCUUCCUUCCGUUAUAAUCACCCUUCAAGUUGUUCUUCUAAGUUCGAUUUUCUGUAUUCUUAUUGUUAGCUUCUCCCGGCUGCUCUCAGGCGAAAGUCGCGCAAGCGGAACUUCGCGUUAGGCAGCUCACCAGUCUUGCAAAUUCUACGGAGUCUCCUCUCAGACAUUUAUCAUCCAUACAAUCCGUUAUGGCCUCCCUGUCUUUAAACUCAUCCGGUCAGUCAUUUACCCGAUUCCCACAUUUUUUCGAUUUUCCCUCGUGCUCGUCGAUGGGAAUUUCCAUGUUGAUUUGUGGUUGCUCGGACCUAUUUCCAUUUGCUGACUUUAUUAAUUAUGCUAGGAACUCGGAAGGACUGAUUGCCUUUUACCAACAGACAGAGUGCCUAGUAUCGUUGGCCUGCCUACCAGUUCCCUAGAUCAUUCGGUGACAGUUCGGCCGUCAUUUCUGACAAUGUCCACCGCGUGUCCCACAGCGUGGUGGGAGCAGGGACGGUGGCUUGCGCAAUCUUUCAAGCCGCGACCGUUGUUGUGUCGUGCUAGGUAGGAAGCGCGUUCAGCCAAGUUACAGUGUGAGAACUAAGCGCGAGGCCCAACCAUGCGAGGGGGGUUGUCUCUGACACUCUUUGACUCACUGACGAAGCUUGGAGGCCACCUUCAUAGUCUGACCCUUAUCUUGGUUGUUCCAGAUUUACUCGAAUUGAUGAGAGAGGGAGAGACGGAAAGCAGCUAUGGUGUUUCAUGGUUCCUUAUUGAUCUGUCGCUGUGUGUGUACAAAUCAAGGUAUUCGAGUAUUGCAACCCGUCAGGUUAGAACUCCAUCGUUACACAGUUGUUGAGGCACAAACUAUGUUAAUCAAGGCGUGUGUCGUUGUGGACAAGGCUCAACCCGUUGACCCCUACCAAUCACCCAUUGGAUGUUUUUCGUCUGCAAAACCCCCAGGAAGUAGACUGUGUAGAUGGCCUUUAUUAUAUCCGCGCAGCUUAUUCUACUAUGCUUUAACUUUUGAUAGCCCUAAGUAUGGCAGCAUUCAUACAGGCUGCUAACUGCCAUUGUUGAUGUUGGUGGCUUUGGUGCUGUUGUUUCGGUAUGUGACCUAGAUUUUUCAUUUCAUGGUCUAUGCUCUUUAAGCAGUAAAAGGUAGAAAAUUGAAUAUUACGGGCGAAAAUUCCUUGAUAAGAAAUGAAGUCAAAGAUAUUUAAAGUUCUUUAGUCGAUGAAUCCGCCCAGACCUCGACGACGGCCGCAAUUCUGGACCAGGACUGAACCACAUGGUCCUACUAUAGGCCGCUGAUAUGUUGUUCCAUGCCGUAGGCAGUCUCGGGUUUCCAGUUUUGUGUGCUGAAAUUUAAAAAAAUCUCAUUCGGAGCUCAAGUGCUCACAAUGAGUAGUCCAGGAGGUUGAAAUCCGCCGGUCUUGAUGGGCAGGAGUUUAGCUCUUUAACAACCACUUGUAAAUCGUAUUGAGUGUUUAGCAGGCAACGUCCCCCUGAGCGAAGAUCCAUGUCUAGCGAAUCUGGAAAUUUUUGCAGAAUCCAGGUACUCCCUAUUUUGAACUCUUCUUCCAAGAUAAUCUGCGUCGUUUGAGAACACGAGGCUGAACAUCAGCCGUAACGAUGCCUGGAUUUGUCGACCAUUUCGCUGUUGUUGUCCACCUUGAAGUGGACGUCACAGCCGGCAGUGCCGUCGUUGUGCCAGGGAAAUACUUCUCGCCCAUGGGGAGAGUGGCGAACCUACUUAAGGCUUUUUUCAUUCUUACUUGAGACUCCAGAGACGAUUAGUUCAUGGAAACGUUUGCAUACGACGAUUUACUGGACCCAGAGCUUUUUCCUAGUGUUCUGAUGCAUGUGCCCACUGGGUUUAAACCCAUUUGGUCAGCCAUGAUCCAAUUUGACUUUGCUCUUGGCUAUCAGUUUCUCGAUUUUGUCGUUCUUUCGCCAUGUCUUGAUUCAUCCACCUUUUACGUCGGAAACUGUUGCUCUGACGCCUGACAACUGCGCCAUUUUGUCCGCAAUCAACAGACCACAUGCAAGGGCGGUCGUUAUCUUUGCUGGUUUCAAGCUGCAGAACAUGUUCGACAGAUUCCAAUUUUUGUACGUGUUUCUUUCUCUCUGAGGACUGAAUGAUAAUCCAUCGACGUGCGCUAAUUCGGAUUUCCAUCUUCACGCAUAGAUUGUCACUUGGAAAGCAACAGUUUCCAUUUACUUUGUUACUGAUUUUACUUUUUUAGCUGAGUACAGUGCUGUGCCAGGCGACGAAAACGACGCAUCUUUACCAGGGCUGGCCUCAACAGCUCAUAUCAGAUGUUCCUCUCAAGCCAACUCUACAGGUGCUUUCUUUGCCUUCGGUUAUUACCUUUCCAAUGUACUUGCCUUUUGAGUUUUUCUUCCGCAGGGUUGGUAAUCUUAUCAGCUUGGGCAGCCGGGUCAAUCUACUCUGUCUCUAACGACGGCCCAGCGUCUCCAGAUGAAUAUGUCGGACACGCUAUGUGAUUACACGCUGCCUCCAUUUUUUCCAAUUGAUCACCUUCAGGCACAAUCGUCUUCAUCUAAAGCCUGUAACCUUACAUAGCUGGGCGUUUUGCGUUCAUUUUACAUUAGUCAAUCUCAUUCAGCCCGCUCUUUAUUCGAACUACCCUAAAAACGCAGACAAUAAGUGGGUCACCUAUAGCUGACUCCUUGAGUUUACGAAUUUUCGUGUGGGGACCUACUUUUCUACGGCAAUACUUUGGUCCUUGUCUCAUCGAAGUCGAGGCCUCAUCCGCCGUGCCAAUUUCCUUGAAAUAUCCUGCUUAUUCGUUUGCUUACCGAGUACUUUGUAGCCUGGGCCUUGUUUAAGUAACUUCUACACAUUAUUUAAAAGGUCGCGAAAAUCUAUCAUUGCUUCUCUCUAGAAAAUGGAAUUACGACGUUUUGGAGUUUCCAGGCGAGGCGGGGCAAUCACGAUCACAGCUGUCAUUAGGUAGCUGACAGUUCGGAUAAGUGUGCCUGUUGUCCCCCUAUCGGGUAGCAGUCCGCAGAUUUGUCCUCUGCUCUCCCUCUGCGUCGUCUGUCGACGGCAGACCUCGUAAGACGACGUUGAUUAUGGUCGCCCAAGCGGCUACUUGCAUCCCCUGUUGGAUAGCCCUCACCUCCCUCCCCUUACGGACAGAGUUAUUUAUGCAACGUUAUCUGUGCUGUGCUGGCUUGAAGCACGCAAGGACAGCAGGCGACGAAACUGAUGCUAUUGACACUAGUUUUCGUGGCAAUUGAUGGUAGGUCCAGUUGCCUGAAAUGCCAAUCGUGUCUGGUGAUCAAGCCUUCUAAUUUAGAAACAUUAGUCUUAGUCCUAAAGAGUGGCUUACGAGUAGUGGAACGAAAUUUAAAAGCGGGUCUAUUAUAACAAACGUGAACUACCACAUGAGGUGGGUUCCACCAAUCAGUCAUAACCGCAGGAAGAAAUACUAAACGAUUAAAUUCUGUCUCGGAGUUCUUUGUUCUACCACCGCCCGCAACGGCUCCUUACUCGGAGAACUAAACCCGACCCCUCUGUCUUCCAUCCGCAAAUUGGGACAGGUCAGUGAGUGCCAUUUGCACGUGGCAUUGCAUGUUUUCGGUCUCAAUCCACGGAUACAUCAGCUGUUGCAAGCAAGUAAGCUAAUGAUGGUCAUCCAACUUAUGCGUGUCUUUUUCAGUACGACUUCUCAACUUCGAAAUUUACGUUGACCCGACUGUGAAAGAUUCGACGACCUCAGUGAGACUCGAACCCUCGACAGCAAGGGGAGAGCUCGCGUACAGCCGACGUUCUGGCCACCUGAUCUACGAAGCCCCACUUAUUAAUUACAUGAGCCUGGUAGUCAUCUGGCGGAUUCUAGAUGGAUUACUUGGGAAAUCCUGCUUGGGCAGUCGGCUUACUGUAUCAGGUUUGGUGGAUUUCAUACGUUGCAGUAGGCUGGGUGAAUUACUUGACCCAAAUGUAAUUAAACCCGCGGCCCCCGGUAUGGUCUCGUAGCUCAGGUGGCUAGAACGUUGGCUGUACUAAAGCCUUCCCCUUGUUGUCGUGGAUCCGAAUCCCACCGAGGUCGCCGAAUUCUUCACAGUCGGUUCAAAACAACUUAUUCAAAAUCUGCCAAAACAUCUAUAAACUUUUGAAAUUCUUGCGUAGCAAAAAGUGUGCAUUUCCAGACGAGUUGUAAGCGUUGUGUGCAUCACUUAUUUGAACUCGUACUCUUGCUUUAGCGAAAGUCGGGUCAGAUUCCAGUUCUCUGGUCCAAUUUUCUCCGUUUGGUGAUCGCCUUUCUCCUGCUUUCCAAACAGCAUUUCGUCAAAAACACGGUAUGAAUUCAUAACUAUAUUGUUUCAGUGAAAAUGCCUAUAUUUUUGCAUAGAAAUGCGAUGGGCAAUGGUUGUGAAUCCCUACUGCGAUCGCAAGCUUAUAAGCCAUCACUGGGCAGCUUUGUUACAGAAUUCUUUAUGCAACUAGGAUCUAGGCGAUUUGCAAACCCACCCGUAUCACUUGUGGCAGACUUACGGUUAGUUCCGCUUCCUCGUAUAUGUGCAUGGUGAAGUAAAAAGCUCUCACCUUUGUAAUUUUGCAGCCUAGACCCUAGCACAGGACGGACACCAAACAUCAAGAUAAAAACCGCAAGUGCAGGAGACUAUUGACAGGGUCAUCAGUUUAUCAGAGCUAAAGUCUGAACGUACAGCUUUUAUGUAUUGCUGCGAGUGUAUUCCACCCAGUAGUUUUCUCAAGCAAAAAUUCAGGAAGACAAACCUAGGCAGCUAGUCUGCAUUCUAGGCCGACACGGAGGGGGCGUGAUGAUCGGCAGUUCUGUCAGAUGGUCUGCAUAGCCAUGUAGCCGGCGUGGUUAUGCGCUGGCAAAGUACGCACGACAGUAAGAUCCCCAAAAUAGUGGUUAUGCAUCGCCCGAAAGACAGACGGCGGGCAAAGCAUGCAGUCGCAUGCGUGAUGUAAUAGCACCAUAAAUCGUAAGGUCAACCCCUUAAGAUUAGCCACUCGGGAGAUGGGCCAGACCAAAACGCGGGCAAGAUUAAGGCACAGAACGCGUUAGCCAGACAGAGGGAAGAGAGCGUGAGGUCGACUCUGGGAUCUCCAUCCUCACGGCACUUCAGCACAUAUUUCUCCUUAUAAACCAUUUGACGCGCUUUUCAAUUACCACAACGUGCUACAAGUUGUGGCUUGAUAAGCCACCAACUGAUGACAAGUCGGCCUUCUUAGGAUGUAGACUCAGUCUGCACUGGCUCCGCCUGAAUGUGGCUACUAUGGCAUACACACUCAAACGGGAUCCGAGCCGUCCCAUUGUUUCUGUGAAGAUGCGGUCUAUCGCUCGCGGAUCAGGUCGUGUGUGGCGCGCGUUGACGGCUUGUUUGGCUUUGCCCGCCACCGCGCCCAACCCUGUCUCCGAUUAUCCUGACUCAGCCCCGACUGUCGUCGGGCUUAGAUGGAUAAGAGAAGAGGGAGUGCGGCAGAUGCUGCGAAAAUAUCGGUCUUGCGCCUGCUAUGAUGUGGUGCACAUGGUGGAACUCGACGUUCACGACGGUCAAGCGGAUGAUAAGCUGUGAGGAAAGCAGCCAUCCUCCGCAGGACACCGUUGAAUGCCCAAAACAAAGGAAAUAGAAGGGGAUGACAGAGAUUUUAAGGGAACACCUAAUUAAUGAUCGUCCACUGUAACUCCGAUUAAUUUCGCCAACCAUUCAAUCGUUUCAAGGCGCCUUGCUCAAGUACUGGCCUAUUAGCCGAAGUAAACUGCACAUGACGCAUAUUCACGACAGCCCCCUUACGGGAACAGAACCCCGAAUAAAUAAAGACAAGAGAAAGUUGGAUUUUUCACCUUCCUAAGCUCCUACAGGGAAUUGAGGUCUUUUGUGGUCCCUCUAGAACGCCAAACUUGCAGCAGGCAUGCACGUUUAUUCACGUGCUGUUUGAAAAUUUGGACCGCCCUUAUUAUACGUAGCGCAAAGCUAAAAGAAAAAUAAACCCGGUAAAAUGUACUUAACGUUAAGCAUCUUAUCAAUCGCCUCAUUCUUCCCUAACCCUAGUUAUUUAAAAUUUUAACAUUGUACGCUACUUCUAAUAAAAUUUGACCGGAAAUGUAAUGUGCCCGUGGUUCACAAUGGUACCCUAGUUAUGUGCAAGUGAGUGAUGGAAUACCAGACCAGACCAGCUGACUUUAGCUUGGUCCAUUUAGCGGACACCAAAUUAUCCAUGAGUGCUAAGGGCGCCGCUUUCAAUCCCCACACUCUCCCUCCCCAGCGCUCAAGCGGCUGACCUCUGGAUGACUCGUAAACGCCAUCGUCGGCACCUUAUUGACGUGUUCGCCUGACCUGUGCGUAGCCACACUUGCUAGAGGGCCAUGUAGAUCGACUUUUCGACCGUCGUUGCCGAUAAUGUCCACUGUGUGCUCCACUACAGUGUGAGGGCAGGAACAGUGGCUCACGCGUUAGUUUGUAGUGAUAGCACCUCACCUCCUGGUCCACGACUUUAUGUAAAAAAAGGGGAGCGGCUCGGAUACCAAUUGGCGCUGAGAGAACCGGCAACUGGGUCCGCUACCACACCCCAAUGUUGGUCCAGCGCAUCUACCGCGUUGCCCGUUUUAGGGACCGCCUUUCUGUUCAGAAUUCACACUAGCACCUCAAUCUUGUCUCACUUAAUUUUCGCUUGGGAAAAUUGCCGACCCACAUGCGCUGAGUGAUUUGCUGUAGGGGGAGAUUAUGUGACUUGACAAGAGUUGUCGCGGGCUGUAGGCAAUCGAAAGAUCGAUUUACUUUACGUUUGGUUCAUCAGCCAUUUCGCCCCUUCUAUAGACUUCAUCUGCAUGCACCCGACUCGACUUACUUGGUUAUCGACGAUUUGAUUGAAAUGCUUUUCUCUUUCAGGCCGUACUCCUUCACCCGUCCCCGACCUGGACGAUGUCAAUGGUGGUUUUGUCCGUUUACACAGUGAUACUUCGAAAGUCGAGCUUCCUCAGCAUUUGGAUUCAGAUAGUUUAUGUAUGUUAAUGACUGUUUGCGUUCGCCUUCUUUCAACUUGCUACUUAUUCUACCCUCAUCCGUCUCAUCCGUCAAGAGUCUGUGAAACAAGACUUCGAAAACUAACAAACCUUUAUCAUCACUUGCUAACUGAUAAAUGGCCAGAGGUCAUCAGCCCUCAGAUGUGGAGACGUGAGUGUCAUUUGCGUGACAGCUUUCCCUGAUCCUGGUUGAACGCAUCAACCACGAGGGGACCAUCGGUCUUCGUACUAUAGUUAUUACCCAUGUGUUUGUGUCAGAGCCCUGGGAUCGAUGUAGACAGUGCGAACUUACUUAUCCAGGCGUGGAAAAUGGGAAUGAAACAAGGGUUUGAAAUUCCUUCAAGAAACGAUUGGCAAUCAGGAGGAGCAUUAGAGAGCUGAUGGGGAGGCGUUUUGUGUGAAGGUGUCGUCUCGGAAAACAAACGUCGAAUUCAGACACAGAUUGCAGGCUUCCGUUGUUUUCUGUUCAGUACGUCUCGUUCUCCUCGUGAAUGCCUGGCCUUUGUCUAGUAUACGACGAGGAAUAUAGUCUUUGAGUGUGUGUGCGUGUGUCCCCUAUAACGGGCCACGUGGAAUAUGCGCCGGACCAACACCGGGCUAGCUCUGUGUCCCGCACGUGUUAUUUGACUGCGCAACCAUAACAAAUACUAUGCAUUGGGAGUGGGGCACGCCUAGGCGCAAGCUCGCGCCGCGCCACCCACCUACGCCCAAUCUCGUCUCGGGUCUUCUUGACACCGGACUCAGGUUGGUGAGUGCAACAAAUGCAGCACAGAUCUUCUAUCACUAUAAACUAGCCCACUCGUAAGUCGCCGUCUCUGCGUCAACCCUGCUCUGAGGCACACGGUAGACGUCGCCGGAAACGGCAGCCGAACUGUCGAGUCUAAUUUGGGGGUCGAACUUAUCAUCCUAGAGGCAGUUCUAAAAAUACUCUGGGCAGUAGGCCGUUCAGUGAAUUGUUGGCCUUUUUACACUGCAGGUAGUGAACUCAGUCUUCCGUCCUAUCUCCUACCUUCUUCACCGCUCGGACAAUCACCUCAGAACUGA